AUGUCAAACUUAAAUUUAAUGUUUAUUUUGUUAGCAGUUCUUCUUCUUUUUCUGAAAAAUCUCAGUAGAGUACAUUGCCAUACCAAGGGAAUUAGACCAACACUUUCUGCGGGUAAAGGGUUAUCGAUCAACAUAACUAGAGUGCAGUAUUCUGAAGAGGAAUUCAUGAAAUGGGUGAACUUUGUUGGUUCCCUCAAACACUCAGUUUUUAAGGCAGCUAGGACUAAGCCGGUGGCUUCUUACACUUUGCACGUUGAUAAGGAUCCUAGUGCUGGAGAUUUUACCUCCAUUCAAGAAGCCAUUGAUUCCCUUCCAUUCGUCAAUCUUGUGAGAGUGAUCAUAAAAGUCCAUGCAGGAGUCUAUACGGAAAAAGUCAACAUUCCUGCCUUCAAAUCCUACAUAACAAUAGAGGGAGCUGGUGCAGAUGAAACCAUUGUUAAAUGGGGUGACACUGCUCAAACCCCUGGCUCGAAUGGGAGGCUUCUAGGAACCUAUGGUUCAGCAACUUUUGCAGUGAAUUCACCUUAUUUCGUUGCCAAGAACAUCACAUUCCAAAACACAACUCCUGUUCCUGCACCAGGAGCAAUUGGAAAGCAAGCGGUGGCAUUCAGGAUUUCAGCAGACACAGCAGCAUUCGUAGGCUGCAAAUUCUUAGGAGCACAAGACACACUUUAUGAUCAUGUGGGCAGACAUUACUAUAAGGAUUGUUACAUAGAAGGCUCUGUUGAUUUCAUAUUUGGCAACUCCCUCUCUCUAUUUGAGGGAUGUCACGUGCAUGCGAUAGCACAGAAUACAGGGGCGGUAACAGCUCAAGGAAGGAGUAGUAUGUUGGAGGACACAGGGUUCUCAUUUGUGAACUGUAAGGUCACAGGGUCAGGGGCACUAUACCUUGGAAGGGCAUGGGGACCCUUUUCUCGCGUGAUCUUUGCUUACACGUAUAUGGACAACAUCAUCAUUCCCAAAGGCUGGUAUAACUGGGGUGACCCUAACCGUGAAAUGACUGUUUUCUAUGGGCAGUACAAGUGCACAGGACCUGGAGCAAGCUUUGCAGGGAGAGUGUCAUGGUCAAGAGAACUCACUGAUGAAGAAGCUAUACCUUUUCUUUCACUUUCCUUUAUUGAUGGGACCGAAUGGGUCAAAUUAUAG